CAGCUCCUCCAAGUUUUGACGUGCUCCAAAGAUCAUUGUGGGUUCACCGGUGCAAUAAGCGGCCCCAAUAGGGCCUCAGGAGAUUGAAAACAAUGGUUGCGAAAAUGGAAACCAACGGUUGCAACAUGCUGAACCGUCUGUUUGCUCCGCCGCGCCCUUUGAUUUGACCAAUCCGCUGGCCCCGUGGUGGUCUAUGGCCUUACAUUCUUGAAUGUGAUCGCCCGAGCUUGUGCUUAAGGCAGCCUCCUCCUUUGUUAGCUAUGGGGAAGAAGAAUAAGAGCAGCGCCGUUGGGCCUGCAAAAGCAGCCACGUCUGGGCUCAGCGACUACGACAUUGUGCGCGCCGAAUGCGAAAAGGCAGUCAAGUCGCUGAAGAACAACCCGCCGCGGGCCCAGAAGUCGAUCAAGGAGACCUGCCAGAAGUACCCCAAUGUCUCCCUGGGGUUCAGGUACCAUGCAUAUGUGGAGAAGCGGCUGGCAGAGCAGCAGCACGAUGCGAGCGCGCUGAAGAAGCGGCACGUGGCUGUCGCGCUGGAAGCUGCGAAGCAAGCGACAGUUCUGAACCCCAAUUCGGUGGAGCAUGGAUACUUCUACGCACUGCUGCUCCAGGAGUAUAUACCUCUGGAAGGCAGGGAGAGUAACGAGGAGGCCAUUGCAGAGUGUGAGCGCGCGCUGGGAAUUGUUGAACCGACAGAUCCCGCAGACGACAUGCUAGGAGAGCUGCCGGACGAUUUGAGUACGGCGAAGUCGCGGGCCAGCCACUAUAAAUAUCAGCUGCGCCAGCUGUCUCACCAGAUGAAGCUCGCGGGCCUUCAGCACGUGUUCAAGCACGUGAGCGUGGACGCGGACGGGAAGUUCGUGCCGCUGGUUGCAAAUGCGCGAACCGAACUGCCCUCGGCGCCGUUGAAUCCAAAGAUGUGGUAUGCGAAAGGCUCGAGGAAGACGUCGAAGGCGGAAGUAGAGCAGAGGCCGCAAACAGAAGUGGAAGACGAGGGGCGGGAAGAGCAGCGGGCUGGCGAUGUGGGCGAGACGGAUGGGGAUGAGAAAGGCGCAAGUGAAAAUAAUGAGGAGACGCUGAGCGAAGUUGAGUCUGGGGGGGAUAGUGCCGGUGCGGAAGAGGGGGAGGAGCUGGGCCAGACCCCAAGCAGCGAGUCAGCCGAGCCGGUCACACCCGGGGAGAAUGCUGACUUGGACAGCACGCAGGAGGGGGUUGUGGAGUCUUGUGAGGAGGUUGAGGAGGAGCGCUUCAUCAAGCGCAAGCAGCACGAUUGGCAACUGCUGCGGAUGGUGGGCAGGGAGGAUCUAGCCACGGUGUGGAGUUUCCUGGAAGACGAGGUUCAACAUGAGGACAGGGAGACGACAAAAGACGAAGGGGAAACGGAGAGGACCAACACCCCGGGGGAGCCGGCAAGUUCCGAAUCUCCGGAUCCACCUACGGCGGCGCCGGCAGGGGAGCCUGGAGGGAGCGGCGCGGAGGGAGAUUCACCAUCGCUUCCUGUUGCGGUCGUUUCCGAGGUUGUGAGGAGCAGAAGCAACGGCGAAACACUGGGUCUGAAGUACCUCACGCUUGCAGACGGGUCAGACGGAACCGUGGGAAUCGAGUCGCUCCGGCAGCGGAAUUUUGUGAAGGAGAUGUUGGAGGAUGUGACGAGCUGGAUCCUGCCGUUUGGGGGAAAAGAGAUGAUCCAGCGCAUCUCCCGGGGAAAGGGUACGGAGCUGGUGAAAAACUUGCUGGUGGAAUAUAGGACAGGGACGGGGGUCGCGGAUUUGCGCGGGUGUCCGGUCCGGUUCCGGCGGAUGACGUCACAACAGGUCGGCGAGGUCCUGGACACGUUUUGCAGCGAGCGCGCCUGGUGGCUGUUCACGUGGGACCUGCUCCGGAGCCCGCCGGAGCACUUUGCGGUCAUGCGCGCGUGGCUCGAGAAACCGGAGAAUGACGUCAUCGGGGAGACGAUCCGGGGCAUGGCGCUGGCGGCGCUGAGAGUGAGAGCCCACGCGCUUGCAACGGAGUACGGGGCGGCAAAGGCGCGUUUGUUAGCGGGAGCGGGGGCGUCGGCUACGCGGGAAGAACGGCAAGAGCUUGCGCGUCUGGCCCUGGCCGCUGCGACUGCAACCCAGGAGUUUGCGAGCUGCAUCUACUGCGAGACGACCGAGUUUUGCGGGCGGAAGUAUGCGGACGUCCUGCGCUUCGUGUACGGCAAGUUCACGGACGAGCCGACGAUGAAGAUGGUUGUGAUGAACGCGUAUUGGUUGGACGACGUUUUGCCGGGGAAGGAGGCGCGUUUGGCCAAGGUGUCGGCGGGGCAUCGGGAGUGGCUGCAAACGCACUACAACAUUCUGGGAGGCCUGAAGUCCGGGCUUCAAACGGCGAUCGAGGAGCUUAAAUUUGCCAACGUUGUGAACGAGAAGGACGAGAGCGGGUUGGAUUCCCGCACGGAGAGACGGUUGAAGGGGUGGGAAGCCGAAGGGGAGGCAAGAUGGGCCGUCGGCAACUAUUUCAACGCUCCCGUCAUCAUGACGUGGGCGAGGCGGAAGCUGGGCGAGACUGGAGGCAACAACUAUUACUCGGAGAAGUAUCUCGAGCGCGCUCUCUUGAAAGCGGUGACGGGGGUGGACCCCCGACUUCUGGAGUUGCAAGUGAAGGUGGCUCUCGGGGAGAGACGGGCGGCGGUCGCCGACGAACUGGGGUCGCUGCUCGCAAGCGCGCUGCUGAGCGCCGAUGGUAUCCCGCGCCAACUCAAGGAAGCGGCAGACCAGGCGGCAGCAGAACUGCUGCGAGCAGAGUCGGAGCCAACCGAGAAGACCAUCAAAAAGCGGAAGAAGAAGAAGGGCGUGCCGAAGGACAAAUCAGCGAGACUUCUUGCUGCAAGUCUGUCCUCCGAAGAGGUCAAGCGGAGUGCGGGGGCCACUGGCGAGUCCGAUCCAGAGCAAGAGGCGAUCUCGCAAGGGAACGCCCGGCUUAAAGGGGACGAUCGGGGGGCAAGUCCUGCGCUUCGGCCUUCCGAAAAGGGUCUUCCGACCGCAGAUGCAAAGGACGGGAUAGUGUGCGGCGAGCCAAAGGGGGGGGGGAAGGCGGUAGGCACUGCUAGCUUAGAAGGGACGGUAGCCGUGGUAGCGGAGGCGCAAGAAGCGAGGACGGAUCCACUUCCAGUGGACCUACUCAGGGGGAAGGUCGAGGCCCAGUCUGAGGCUGGAGGUGCCGAGCAAGGAAGAAGAGGUGGAUUGACGGGGCCUAGCGACGCAGCUGGAACGGCCGCAUCCGGCUCCGCAAAAGCCGCUCUUUGCGCAGCAGAGAGGGGCGCCGCAAGCGGCCCUGUCAAGGGGAGCUCGGGGGGCGCUCUUGACUUAGCAGAGUCCCCCCCUGGAACAGCAGAAAGCGCUCCACACACCCCAGUGACGUCAGCGACGGAUGCAGCGAAACUGGAGACGCUGCCCGCUGCCGAGGGUGCGCAAGGGCCAGCUCAGAACGACGGGGGAAAGGCAAUGGACUCGGCUGCCCCGGUGGAAAGCGCCCCGCACACUCCAGUGACGUCAGCAACGGAAGCAGCGGAUGCGGAGACGCUGCCCGCUGACGAGGGUGUGCACGAGUCAGCCGAGAACGACGGAACGGAACGACGGAACAACGGAACGGCGAGCUCGGAAGUCCCAGCGGAAAGCGGGGCAGUCGACAGGGUAGAAGCGCUGCGGCGGCGUAACUUCGUAAGAGAAACGGUGGAUGACGUGGAGGGUCGCAUCGCCUGCGUUGUAGACACGACGGACUGCGGGGCCGAGUUAACCAGCCGUUACCUGGAGUAUCUGUCCGGCUCGGGGGUUGCGGACCUGCCCGGGUGUCCGGCCGGGAUCUUCCGGAGGGUAAGCCGGGCGUGGGACUUGCACGAGUACCUUCUCGCCGCGUGUAGCGAACAGGCGUGGUGGGAGUUCACGCUUGACCUUCUCCGGAGCCCGUCCGAGCAUUUCUUCCAGAAAGACCUGUGGCAAUGGCUUGCAAAGCGCAAGAACGACGGCGUGGGAGAGACGAUCCGGUGCAUGGCUGUGGCGGCGCUCAAAAUGCGCGAGCACGCGCUUCGGCUGCAGUACCGGGCGGUGGAGGAGCGGCUAGACCGUGCGAUGGGAUCGAUCGACGGCCGCGAUGCUUCGCCGGAAGAGCUGCGGAGCGCGCUGGAGCGCCUGGCGAUUUCCGUCACGCUGACGCAAGCGGAGUUCGCGAAGUGCCUCUACUGCGAGGCGCUCUUCUUUUCGGGCCGAAAGUUCCCCCACGUUCUGCACCGGGUCUAUCGCUGCUUCGCGGAACCGCCCGAGAGCAAGUCCCUGCGUGACAGCUUGGCGGCGAUCAAAAGUGCGGCGACGUGCGUAGAGAUGGCUCUGGCGCAGAGGGGACGAACAGAGGCGGCUGCGCCGGAGGAGCACCACGCGUGGGUCGGGGAAAUCUUUGACCUUCUUGAGGAGCAAAAACUCGCGCUCGAAGCGUCGCUGGGGGAAGUAAACGCUCGGAAAGCUGCGGGGAGAUUGCAAGAUGAGCCCGGGGCUAAGUCCUGGGGCUCGCUGACGUCAUCCCUGAACGUCCCCGUAGUGAUGACGUGGGUGAAGCGGAAGGUCGCCGAGGCCGGGCUCAGCAGCCGCUCUGCGAAGCGUGUGGAGGCGAUCCUUUUGGACCUGAGAGAGUGGGAGCCUGACGAGCUACAUCUGGCCCUGCGAUCCGCCUUUGGGGCGAAGGGGGCUGGCUUGGCCACCGACCUCUUGGUCGUCGUAGACAGCGCACGGGGCGAGCCGGACGGAAUUCCGCUGCUGAUCAAGGAGGCAGCGGCAGCAGCGGACGCGGAGACGCCAGCUGCUGCAGAGGUUGCGCGAGGGCCAGCUCAGACCGUCGGGAGUCGCGCAAAGGACUCGGGUGCCCGGGUGAAAAGCGCCCCGCACACCCCAGUGACGUCAGCGGACGCGGGGACUCUGCUCGCUGACAAGGGUGCGCAACGGGCGGCUCAGAACGACGGGACGGAACGACAGAACGACGGAACGACGAGCUCGGAUGACCGAGCGGAAAGCAAGCCGGCCGACUCAGUAGCCGCGCUGCAGCAGCGGGACUUUGUGAAACAGUUUGUGGGGAACGUGGUGGAUCAGGUCUCGUGCGCGCUCGGAAAAGACAUCCUUGCUGGGGUAGACCCCGAAGUCGCAGCGUCGUUCGUGGGGCCUAAGUGGGGGCAGCUGACGUCAUCCGUGAACGUCCCCGUCAUCAUGACUUGGGUGAGGAGGAGGUUCCCCGAGGCCGGGCUCAGCAGCGGCGCCGUCAGGCGCGUUGAGGCGAUUCUCUGGGAUGAGAGGGACUGGGGGCCUACCGAGCUGCAUCUGGCUCUGAGAUCCGCCUUGGGGGAUAAGGAGACCGCGAUUGCUCUGGCCAAAGACCUUUGGAUCAUGCUUCACGGCGCACGGGACGAGCCGGACGGAAUACCGCGGCAGAUCAAGGAGGCAGCGGAAGCAGCGGCAGCGGAACUGUUGAGUGCCGAGUCUGCACCUGACGCAAAGGGCACCAAGAAAGGGAAGAAGAAGAAAAAGAAGGGUCAGUCUACGGACAACGCGGAAGGGCUCCCUGCCCCGGCCAGCAGCGGAGCAGCUGGGAAAGUCGACGCGAGCGGAGAUGACGUCGGCUCGCCUCAUCAGCUUAUCCCGGAGACGUCAACCUCCCCCGACAACGGCGCCGGUUCAACUCCAACAAGAGAAGCCGGUUAUGCCGAACCUGGUGAUAAACCCGGUAGUCAACCCGGUGAUGAACCGGGUGUUAACUCGGGCGACCAGAUGACUGACUGGAAGUCAGAAUCGUCCAGCCGAUCCGGAGGGGGAGUCGACAAGUCCGGAGGGGGAGUGGUCCAACGGAAUGGACGGAGGUGGAAGGGACUCUUUGGGCCGGGCGCAGAAAGCGCCAGCAGUCGGGCCCCACCGGAGCGCAUCAGCGUCGGCGGAGGAGCAGCGGAGGCCGUUGACGUCAUCAGCGGUCAGCAUGAGGUUCGAGGGGACGCUGCUCCUGCUUCGAUGGAUGUCGCUUCGGGUGUCGUCUCCACACUCUCUUCGAAUUCCGUCAAUGUCCCCGGCUCGACCUCGCCUCGUUCUCCAACUACCGGAGCGUUCGCGGCAAUUGCGCCGGGCGAGCCCAAAACCCUAACGCCCGGCUGCCGCCAGCCGGACGCCGGAGGCCGGUCGGACGUCCGGACGGGUCCGGAGAGCCAUGUGGCAGCCGGUGAGAGGCCGACGGCCAGUAGCGGAGGCGGAACGCUUGGCGGACAGGCGUCGCGGAGCCGGACGGCUGCUUCAGUGCCUGCGAUAGAGUCUCCGAACGCGGCAAGUGGGCGCCAACACACCCAGCAGGCUGCGCCAAAACCCUACCGGCCGAUUCUACCGGUCGUAGGGCCCCCGGCGGCGUCCCGGGGAGCGACGGCCGGUGCUGACGUCACCCAUGACGACUUUGGGCCCCUGCUUCCAACUCCGCCCCUCACCCCCCCCUCCCGCGGGUCCCAACGCGCGAAAGCUGGAUCGCCCAAGACUCAGAAGACGCGCAGCGAAACGGCCAAGAGGAAAAGCAACCGAGAGGGAAAGCCGUCGGUUGCUCCUCCUGUGGUGAUGCUGCCGGGUGUGAAUACUCCGGGUUUGAAUGCUUCGGGCGACGGAAUCCUUCCCAGCCCCCGAGCAACAGCUAACCCGCUGUCCCAGGGGUCUGGGCGACUGCAAGCGAACCCUAACCCUAAUCCUAACCCGAUAUCUGACAGUAACCCUCGGGGUCCUCUGGCUACCAGUGAACCGCCCCGCAAGCCCCUGGCGUACAAUCCCCUGGCUCAAGGGAGGUCCCUUGCCCCGGCCGCUCCUACCGGGCAGUCUGCCGUUCUUCCUGGGCAGUUUGGUGCUCCUACCGGGCAGUCUGCCGUUCCUACCGGUCAGUCUGCGAUUCCUACCGGGCAGUCUGCCUCUCCCAAGCCGACCGGCGUUCCAAUCACCCCCUCAAAACGCAGGACUCCUUCAGUCGGUCAGCCGGCUGCCAAAAGCUCUGAGCCGGCAACAGUCAGAGUGAAGGCUACGACGUCAGCGGAGGUGUCCGCUGAUGUAAAUGGAGACAUGCUCCGCCUAAUGACUGGGGGCUUGUGGGACGUCAUCGGUUCAGGCGCACAGCGGUCGCCUGAGCCCGGUUUGCUCUCCCCUGAGCUUCCGUCGAUACUGGCGAUGCUUCUACCGGAGGUUCGCACGUCCGUAGUUCCGUCAGAUGACUCCGACAGCGGAAAAGCAGAAAGCGAUCCGAAAACGAACACGGACGUUUCCAGCCGCCAAGAGGCGAACGAUGAGGAGGCGGACCAAGACCCGCCAGCAGAUCGCCAGGAGAACGGAUCAGCUUCCGGCGGAAGAGCGAAAAACGGACCGGAAUCCUGCGGAAGAGCGGAGGGCCAAUAA